AUGAGAGGGGUCACUGAAAAGCAGGAAAGUGUCGUCCAUAUAUCGACGGUAAUAAAUUGGUUUGAAGUUGGAAGGGAAGUUGAUGCAAAUUGUUUACUGUAUAUCACUGAUAUAAAUGUUAACAACAAAUUAAGCAAUGUUGACUUCAGACACUACAGAAAGUUACUAAAAUUAGGCAUUGAUCUGAGUAAAAAGCUAGAAGACAAAUUGAAUAGGUUGUUACGCCCUAUAAAAACAUCUAUUGGGGAAGCCACUUAUAACCUUCUCACUACUUCUGGCUCAAAACCUGGUUUCGUAUAUGGCCUGCCUAAAAUACACAAACUUGGUCAUCCCCUUCGGCCCAUCAUUUCAGCAGGUGGUACUUUCAACUACAACAUUGCCAAAUUCUUAGUGAAGAGAAUCUCCCCACUAACGAUCAAUCAGUAUACGAUAGACAACUCCUUUGCUUUUGUCAAAGAAAUUUGCUCACUAAAACCCUUACGCCCUGUUACUAUGGCCAGUUUUAACAUAGAAUCACUAUUUACAAAUGUCCCACUAAGAGAAACAACAGAAAUAAUAGUUGACAAAACUACCGCUUUGACUCUAAAUGCGUUUGGUCUGGACAAAACCUAUGGAAAACUUUUAGACAUCGCUGCUCACCAUUCAGUAUUUACUUUUAAUGAAUCCCUUUACACUCAAGUUGACGGCGUAGCCAUGGGAUCACCACUUGGCCCUUGUUCUGCUAAUACUUUCCUUUGUUAUCAUGAACAAGCUUGGCUCAACAACUGCCCUUCCAACUUCAAACCAAUUUAUUACCGUCGAUAUAUGGACGACACUUUCCUGCUUUUCAGUGACCCCUCUCAUAUCAAUCCUUUUAUUUCUUAUCUUAAUUCACAACACCCCAACAUUAGAUUUGCCUGUGAAGCUGAACAAAACAAUAAACUAUCAUUCUUAGACACUACCGUUACAUUUCUUAAUGGUUGUUUUUCUGUAAACACCUAUAGGAAACCAGCAUUCACUGGCCUCGGACUUCAUUUUCUAAGCUACAUACCUCGCAUUUAUAAGCUUAAUAGCCUGAAAACACUAAUUAACCGAGCUUACAACAUUUGUUCCAUGUGGGCCAAUUUCCACACAGAAGCUAUGUAUUUAAAGGAGUAUUUUAUCUCCAACCUAUUUUAUUGA